AUGGUGUCGCUACUCCCACCGCAGUCUGACGCCACGCUGCCCGGCCCCGCCAGACUGGAGGGCGAGCCCCAGGGGGACCUCAUGCAGGCGCCGGGCCUCCCAGGCUCUCCUGCCCCACAGAACAAGCUUGCCGGCUUCAGCUGCUCAUCAUUUGUGCCCGACGGCCCCCCAGAGAGGGCAUCCUCACUGCCCCCACAGAGCCCCAGCGUCGCGUCACCUGGCCCUGAGCAAGUCCACUGCCCAGCCAGCACUGGCCCGGGCCCCUUCCGGCUCUCACCCUCAGACAAGUUCUCCAGCUUCGGCUUCGAGGAGGGCCCCGCAAGCAGCCCUGGGCGCUUCCUCAAGGGUGGCCAUGGGCCUUUCCACCCAUACAAGCGGCAUUUCCAUGAGGACGUCUUCCCCGAGGCCCAGACUGCCCUGGCCCUCGAUGGACACUCCUUUAAGACCCCGGGGGCACUGGAGACCUUCGAGGAGAUCCCCGUGGAUGUGGGGGAGUCUGAGGCCUUCUUGCCUGGCUUCUCAGCGGAGGCCUGGUGCAACGGGCUCCCCUACCCCAGCCAGGAGCACAGCCCCCAAGUCCUGGGGUCAGAAGUCAAGGUCAAGCCCCCAGCUUUGGAGACUGGCCCUGGGAUGUACUGUUACCAGCCCCCCUUGCAGCACAUGUACUGUCCCUCCCAGCCCCCCUUCCACCAGUACUCACCAGGUGGCAGCAGCUACCCCGUCCCGUACCUGGGCUCCUCACACUAUCCAUACCAGCGGAUCGCACCCCAGGCCAGCACCGAUGGGCACCAGCCUCUCUUCCCAAAACCCAUCUACUCCUACAGAUGGACGGCGCCCGAUGGCUGGAAGAAUUCUGUUCGCCACAACCUCUCUCUCAACAAGUGCUUUGAGAAGGUGGAGAACAAAUCAGGAAGUUCCUCUCGCAAGGGCUGUCUGUGGGCCCUCAAUCCAGCCAAAAUCGACAAGAUGCAGGAGGAGCUGCAGAAGUGGAAGAGGAAAGACCCUAUCGCUGUGCGCAAGAGCAUGGCCAAGCCAGAAGAGCUGGACAGCCUCAUUGGAGAGAAGAGGGAGAAGCUGGGCUCCCCACUGUUGGGCUGCCCACCCCCCGGGCUGGCAGCUUCAGGCCCCAUCCGGCCCCUGGCCCCUUCGGUUGGGCUCUCCCAGCCACUGCAUUCAAUCCACCCAGCCCCAGGCCCCAUUCCUGGCAAGAACCCCCUGCAGGACCUACUUGGGGGACACGUGCCCUCCUGCUACGGGCAGACAUAUUUGCACCUCUCUCCGGGCCUGGCCCCUCCUGGACCUUCGCAGCCAUUGUUCCCACAGCCAGAUGGGCACCUUGAGCUGCGGGCCCAGCCAGGCACCCCCCAGGACUCGCCUCUGCCUGCCAACACCCCGCCAAGCCACAGUGCCAAGCUGCUGGCUGAGCCUUCUCCGGCCAGGACCAUGCAUGACCCCCUGCUGCCAGACGGAGACCUUGGCACUGACCUGGAUGCCAUCAACCCCUCUCUCACCGACUUUGACUUCCAGGGAAAUCUGUGGGAACAGCUGAAGGAUGACAGCUUGGCCCUUGACCCCUUGGUACUGGUGACCUCGUCCCCAACAUCAUCUUCGAUGCCGCCACCUCUGCCACCUCCCCAUUGCUUCCCGCCUGGGCCCUGUCUGUCAGAGACAGGCAGUGGGAGUGGCGACUUGGCACCCCCAGGCAGUGGGGGCUCCGGGGCUUUGGGUGACCUGCACCUCACCACCCUCUACUCAGCCUUCAUGGAGCUGGAGCCCACACCCCCCACGGCCCCCGCUGGCCCCUCUGUGUACCUCAGCUCCAGCUCCAAACCCAUGGCCCUAGCAUGAGCCACGCCCAGAAGCCUUUGUCUGCCUGGAAGUCCCAGCUGGCUGCCCACGUAGGGCUCACCAUCAAGGUCAAGGAAGGAAAACCAUCCCUGUCCCCUGUGCCACUAAGCCAACUGUUUGUUGACUGGCAGCCGGGGGUGAAGAAGAUACCACCCAUGAUGCUGCCCCUCACACAUUUCUGCCACCUGAGUGACCCAGCUCGUCACUCAGAGUCCUUAAAGACCCAGUGUCUGGGGAAACAAAACAAAACAAAACAAAAACCAAAAAACCCCAUAAAACAAAAAACCCUCUCCCUAGCACACUCAUCCACACUUAAUCCCUUCUGCGUAAUGUGUGCCUGCAUAUGUGCACACGCGCACGCGCACAGAGUCAUUCAGACAUACACCCACACUCACACCUUCUACCCAAAGGAAUCAGAACUCCACCACGGAGAACCUGAUCAAUCCAUUCCUGGGGCAGCUGAGAGCUGAGGGCUCAGGGUCCUCGUGCCAAGUCCAAGACCACCCUGAAACCCUAUUCUGAUGUCCACAUUUUCUACAGGCCUGGCCCCUCCUGGCAUGUUCUCUCCCAGAAGCCCCUCUAUUUAUUCUCCCAUCUUCCUCCCAGCAGCCUGUCAAGGAGGAGUAGGUAUGGGGCCUCUCCCCAAGUUGUCUGUGGGUCUGUUGUCUGAGUAACAACCCCCAACCUACCAGGUUCUGUCUGGCCUCCCCCAGAAGGACACAUAGGAGGGACAGUGCCCACCCCAGGACCAAACUGAGCCCAAUUCUGACACACAGUGUUUGGAAAAGCCCUUGCCCUCAGAAACUUAAAAGUGUCCUUUUCACAGCCUUGGGUGCAGGAAGGCCCCUCCAGAUCACUACAACCUCACCUCUUCUCUGUAAGAAAUUCAUGUAGUUUAGGUCCCAGCUUACAAAUUACUUCCAACUGUCCCAGGCAGUCUGGGCAUUCAGGGAAGAGAAGUCCAAUACAGGCUGGCAGGGAGGGGAGUGGGCACCCACGCUCCCCUCUCUCUGACUGCUUGGCAGACGCAGGACCUCCCUGGAGCUAGGGGUUGUGGCCUGAGUGCCAUGCCUUCCCUGAGAGCCCAACCCCCACCAAGUGGGUGCUUCAGACUACCCUGGGGGCCUGGGGGUGACAAGAACCCCUAGAGGUUUGCCUGGGCUCUGUUAGGAACAAGCAGAUCCCUAGAUGGCCUGCCGUUGUCCCCUGACCCGAAACAAUAAAGCAAGUGCCUUGCGGUCUUG